CCAAGGACCACCAUGCCCACGUUUGUUGUGACCAAGUCGCCACUCGUGGAGGUUGUUGCCGCUGUUCUCAACGCUGUUCUCCCUACAACUGCUCGCAUUACUCUCAACCAGACCGAUGCCCAUGCCAACGCCCCGCUGACCCUCACCCAUGACAAUGGCGUGGAGACGGGACUGGUGGCUGUCACGCGGUUUAUGAUUACCGAGACAGGAGCUCCGCUGGAUCUUCUUGGUGGAGAUGAUGCUGCAGUCCAGGCUGAGGUCGCCGGAUGGAUUGACUUUGAGCCGGCGGCGAGCGCGGAGCAGCUUGCGGUGGUGCUCGAUGCUCACCUCACGCUGCGGACGUACAUGGUGGGAUACGCGCCGACGCUGGCGGAUCUUGCGCUGUGGUUCCGGCUCCCGCUCAACGCGGACAAGGCUGCCACGCCGUUUGUGGCACGGUGGGUUGCCGGCCUCAACGCCAUCCCCGAGUACGGGCGUGGAGUCAAGGGCAAGAAGGCGGCGGCCAAGGCGGCCAAGAAGGCAGCCAAGGCCGGCAAGGCCGGUAAGGGCGGUAAGGGCGGCAAGGGUGGAAAGGGCGGGAGCAGCAACAAGCCGCUGGACGUCCAGCUGGCCGAGCAGCAGGCGCUGCUGGCGGAGCUCCAGGCAAACGACCCGGAGAACAAGGGCGCGAUGAAGCGGGCCGAGGGCCUCAUCAAGACGCUGACCAAGCGGAUUGAGGCGGCAGCGGCCAAGGAGGCGGCGGCUGCGGCUGCGGCUGCCGACGAGGCGGCGCCGUCCAACUACAUGGAGCUGCCGGAUGCGGUGGACGGGCAGGUCGUGACGCGGUUCCCGCCGGAGCCGUCUGGGUACCUGCACAUCGGGCACUCCAAGGCUGCGCUGCUCAACGCGCACUACGCUAAGCAGUACAACGGCAAGCUGCUCAUCCGUUUCGACGACACCAACCCGUCGAAGGAGCGCGACGAGUUUGUGGACAACAUUCUGGCGGAUCUGGCGACGCUCGGCAUUGUGGGCGACGCCAUGUCGCACACCUCGGACCACUUUGAGCUCAUCCAGGGCUACGCCGAGACGAUGAUCAAGAAGGGCCUGGCGUACGUGGACGACACGCCUGUGGACGUCAUGCGCGAGGAGCGGAUGAACCGUGUCGAGUCUGCGGCGCGCGGCAACAGCGUGGAGCGCAACCUCGAGCUGUGGGCACACAUGCUGGCGGGCGACGAGACCGGGCUGGCGUGCUGCCUGCGCGGCAAGGUGGACAUGAGCGCCAACAACGCGUGCAUGCGCGACCCUGUGUUCUACCGGUGCAACCUCACGCCGCACCUUCGGACCGGGACCCAGUACAAGGCGUACCCGACGUACGACUUUGCCUGCCCGAUUGUCGACUCGGUCGAGGGCGUGACCCACGCGCUGCGGACCAACGAGUACCAUGACCGCAACGAGCAGUACUACUGGGUGGUGGACGCGCUCGAGCUGCGCAAGCCGCUGGUGGCCGAGUACUCGCGGCUCAACUUUGAGUACACCGUCAUGUCGAAGCGCAAGCUGCAGUGGUUUGUCGACCAGGGCCUUGUCGAGGGCUGGUUCGACCCGCGGUUCCCCACCGUGCAGGGCAUCAUGCGGCGCGGGCUGACGCUCGAGGCUCUGUGGCAGUUUAUCGCCUCGCAGGGCGCGUCGCUCAACACCAACACUCACUCGUGGGACAAGCUCUGGGCCAUCAACAAGAAGAUCAUCGAUCCGGUCAUUCCGCGGCACGUGGCUGUGCCCGUCGACUCGCGCGCGGUCCUCACCCUCACCAACGUGGCAACGACCCUGGUGGCGACCAAGCCGGCGCACCCCAAGAACCCAGAGGUUGGAACCAAGAGCGUGGUCUACUCGUCCAAGGUCUACGUCGAGGUCGAGGAUGCCGCGCGGUGCUCGCCGGGCGAGGAGGUCACCCUCCUCACCUGGGGCAACGCCAUCAUCGAUGAGGUCAACACCGCCGCCGACGGUACCAUCUCGCUCGUCGGCCACCUUCAUCUCGAGGGCAACCCGAAGGACACCAAGAUCCGCAUGACUUGGCUCUCCGCCGAGCCGCAGUACACGGUUGCCGCCAAGCUCGUCGAGUACGACCACAUUAUCACCAAGUCCUCGCUCGACCAGAACGACAAUGUCGCUGACCUCGUCCGCGACCCGUCCAAGUUUGUCACCGACGCCGUCGUCGACGCCAACGUCGCCGCCCUCCCCAAGGGCGCCCGUCUCCAGUUUAUGCGUCGCGGCUACUUUAUCGUCGACAAGCCGUACCAGUCCGAGUCGUCGCCUGCCGAGCUCAUCUACAUUCCCGAUGGCAAGCAGUCCAAGGGCUCCGUCCUCUCCUCCAAGGUCACCCUCUGA